AUGUCCGUCAGCAGCCACGAGAAUCGGAAGUCCCGCUCAAGCUCGGGCUCCAUGAACAUUCAGCUCUUCCACAAGCCGGGCCACGCCGACAGCCUCCUGACGCAGCUGAACCUGCUCCGCAAGCGGCGGCUCUUCACCGACGUGGUGCUGCGUGCCGGGCACCAGGCCUUCCCCUGCCACCGCGCCGUGCUGGCCGCCUGCAGCCGCUACUUCGACGCCAUGUUCAGCGGUGGCCUCAAAGAGAGCAGAGACGCUGAAGUCAACUUCCACGACUCCCUGCACCCCGAGGUGCUGGAGCUGCUGCUGGACUAUGCCUAUUCGUCCCGGGUGCUGAUUAACGAGGAGAAUGCAGAGUCCCUGCUGGAGGCUGGGGACAUGCUGCAAUUCCAGGACAUUCGGGAUGCUUCGGCUGACUUUCUGGAGAAGAACCUCUGUCCUGGGAACUGUCUGAACAUGCUGCUGCUGUCCGAUGCCCACUGCUGCGAACGGCUGCUGGAGCUGUCCUGGAGGAUGGCAUUGGCCAACUUCACCUUGCUCUGCAAGACCGAAGACUUCCUCCGGCUGCCCAAGGAAAAGCUGCUGGAGCUGGUGGAGAGUGAAGAGCUGGAGGUGGAGGAUGAGACGCUGGUCUAUGAAGCCGUUAUGGGUUGGAUCCGCUACGAUUUGCCUCGGCGCCACGAGGAUCUGCCAGAGCUGCUGCGCUCGGUCCGCCUGGCCCUGCUGCCUGAGGCCUACCUGCGGACACAGGUGGCCUGUGAGAAACUCGUGACCAGCCACAAGCUGGGAGAGGAGAUUGUGGCUGAUGCUGUGCGCUGCAAGAUGAAGAUCCUGCAAAACGAUGGCUUUGUGACCGGGUGCUGUGCCCGGCCCCGCAAGAUCAGCCAGGCCCUGCUGCUGCUGGGGGGCCAGACCUUCAUGUGUGACAAGAUCUAUGUCCUGGACCAGAAAUCCAGCGAGAUCAUUCCUGGUGCUGACAUCCCCAGCCCCCGCAAGGAGUGCAGUGCCUGUGCCAUCGGCUGCAAGGUUUACAUCACUGGUGGCAAGGGUUCUGAGCAUGGCGCUUCCAGGGACGUCUGGGUGUACGACACCCUGCACGACGAGUGGGCCAAGGCUGCCCCUAUGCUGGUGGCGCGGUUUGGCCAUGGCUCGGCUGAACUGGACCACUGCCUGUAUGUGGUGGGAGGUCACACAGCCAUGAGUGGAGCCUUCCCGGCUUCUCCCUCUGUCUCCCUCAAGCAAGUGGAGCACUAUGACCCACAGCUAGACAAAUGGUCCCUGGUGGCUCCACUGCGAGAAGGUGUGAGCAAUGCUGCCGUGGUAGGAGCCAAGAUGAAGCUGUUUGUCUUUGGUGGCACCAGCGCCAACCAGGAGAAGCUGCCCAAGGUGCAGUGCUUCGACCCCUGCCAGAACCGCUGGAUGGUGCCCACCAGCUGCCCCCAGCCCUGGCGGUAUACAGCUGCCGCCGUGGUGGGCAGCCACAUCAUCGUCAUCGGGGGGGACACAGAGUUCUCUGCCAGCUCUGCCUACCGCUUCCACAGUGACACCUACCAGUGGUCCAAGUUUGGGGAUGUCACGGCUAAGCGCAUCAGCUGCCGUGCUGUGGCCUCAGGGAACAGACUGUAUGUGGUGGGAGGCUACUGCGGGGCGCAGCGCUGCAAGACACUGGACUGCUAUGACCCUGCGUCUGACACCUGGAGCAGCAUCACUACCGUGCCUUACUCCCUCAUCCCCACUGCCUUCGUCAGCACCUGGAGGUACCUCUCUGCGUGA